UUAUCUGAGCGCCCACAAAUCAAGAUUUCUCUCUCUCUUUCGCGGUGUUUCAUUCCCCUUAGGGUUUCAUUCAUAAUCUUCGAAGAGGAAGAUAAAGCUCGCAUUUUUAUCAGCGGGAAGUGAUUAAAACACUGAGUUUCUUAAUCAACAGAGACUCUCUCUUUCUUAAUCAGCUUUUAUAGCAAACUUCGUCGGUGGGUGUUAACCAUGGGAAGGGGAAAGUUCAAGGGAAAGCCUACUGGCCGCCGUAUGUUCUCCACUCCUGAGGAGAUGCGUGCAGGUUCAUCUGCACGUCCUCGCACGUUUAAAAAGGAAGCUAUUGUGGAAGAUGAAGAUCAGGAGAGAUCUGAGGAAGAAUCGGAAGAAGAGUCUUCUGAGGAUGAAUCCGAAAAGCAAAAGGGUGUCCAAGGAAUUAUUCAGAUCGAGAAUCCUAAUCUCGUGAAGCCUAAAACAGUUAAAGCUAGAAAUGUUGAUACUGAGAAGACAACUGAACUCUCCAGGCGCGAAAGAGAAGAAAUAGAGAAACAGAAAGCCCAUGAAAGGUAUAUGAAGUUGCAAGAACAAGGAAAAACCGAUCAGGCAAAGAAGGAUUUAGAACGUCUUGCACUUAUACGACAACAAAGGGCUGAUGCUGCUAAGAAGCGUGAUGAAGAGAAAGCAGCUAAAGAAAUGAAGAAAGUGGAAGCCCGCAAAUAAGAAGGGAAGAGCUCGAGAAAUGUCUUAAAAUUUGAAAUUUGUUGAAGUUUAUAACAAGUGAUGUUAAGACACAAGGAUUGUUGCAAAUUAUGGAUUGUUUUUAGGCCAAUGUUUUAAAUUGGUUCAUAUGCCAUUUGUUUGGCCUGUGUCUGUCUGCUCGCUGCUAUGCUAUAUUAACAGCUUAUUUUGUUCAUCUCUUUUAAUCAAAAUUGAAUUUACUACU